AGACAGGCAGAAAGCUGAAGGAAGGUCACACACACUCUUUCUGCAGCAGUCGAUCGCUUCUGCCGGGUUGGCCGGUGUGUUCUGUUGCCGGGGUGACGGGUUUCGGGUGUGUUCGGUUGUUAAGUCAUUAUUUGUGUUUCAGGAGUGAGAGGUCUGCUUCUCUGCUAGAUCAUGUCCACGAUGGUGUACCCUCGUGACGAGAAGCUGGAGAAGCUAUCGCAGGAGGAGAUCAUCUCCAACACCAAGCUGGUGAUCCAGGGACUGGAGGCGCUGAAGAACGAGCACAACUCCAUCCUUCACAGUCUGCUGGAGACCAUCAAGUGCCUGAAGAAAGAUGAAGAAGCCAACCUGGUACACGAGAAAUCCAACCUGCUCCGAAAGUCUGUGGAGAUGAUCGAGCUCGGGCUGGGAGAGGCACAGGUGAUGAUGGCUCUGUCCAACCAUCUGAACGCCGUGGAGUCAGAGAAACAGAAGCUGCGAGCACAGGUCAGGCGACUCUGUCAGGAGAACCAAUGGCUGAGAGACGAGCUGGCCAACACACAACAGAAACUGCAGAAGAGCGAGCAGAACGUCGCCCAGCUGGAGGAGGAGAAGAGACAUCUCGAGUUCAUGAACCAGCUGAAGAAAUAUGAUGAAGAUGUGUCGCCUUCUGAGGAGAAGGACGGCGAAGCCCCUAAAGACUCUCUGGAUGAUCUGUUUCCCAAUGACGAGGAGGAGAACGCUCAAGGAAUGCAGCACCAGCACAACAGUGCAGCGGUGGCAGCCGCUCAGCAGGGUGGAUACGAGAUCCCGGCGCGUCUCAGGACUCUGCACAACCUCGUGAUUCAGUACGCGUCUCAGGGCCGAUACGAGGUGGCUGUGCCGCUCUGUAAACAGGCUCUGGAAGACCUGGAGAAGACAUCGGGUCACGAUCACCCUGACGUGGCCACCAUGCUCAACAUCCUGGCUCUCGUGUACAGGGAUCAGAACAAAUAUAAAGAGGCGGCCCACCUGCUGAAUGACGCUCUGGCCAUCAGAGAAAAGACCCUCGGCAAAGACCAUCCAGCUGUGGCGGCGACACUCAAUAAUUUGGCUGUGCUGUACGGUAAGAGAGGAAAAUAUAAGGAGGCCGAGCCGCUGUGUAAACGAGCCCUGGAGAUCAGAGAGAAGGUGCUGGGGAAGGAUCACCCUGACGUGGCAAAGCAGUUGAACAAUCUGGCUCUGUUGUGUCAGAAUCAGGGCAAGUAUGAGGAGGUGGAGUAUUAUUACUGCAGAGCGCUGGAGAUCUACGAGCGUCGACUCGGUACAGACGACCCAAACGUGGCCAAAACCAAAAACAACCUGGCCUCCUGCUUCCUGAAACAAAGCAAAUACAAAGAAGCUGAGAUUCUGUAUAAAGAGAUUCUGACCCGCGCUCAUGAGAAAGAGUUUGGCUCUGUGGAUGCUGAAAACAAACCCAUCUGGAUGCACGCUGAAGAGAGAGAGGAGAUGAGCAAGGGCAAGCCGAGAGACACACCCUAUGGAGAAUAUGGAGGAUGGUACAAAGCCUGCAAAGUCAACAGUCCGACAGUAAACACGACGCUGAGGAAUCUGGGAGCUCUGUACCGCAGGCAGGGAAAGAUGGAAGCCGCCGAGACGCUGGAGGAAUGUGCCACGAGAUCCCGAAAACAGGGUCUGGACCCCGCGCAUCAGACGCGUGUGGUGGAGAUCCUGAGAGAUGACGGAGAGCGCAGACGCAGUCGAGACAGUCUGUCCAGUGUUAAGUACGAGAGCGCUUCUGAGGGGACAGAUGAAGUGUAAAGAGUUCUUCAUCUUCUGUCCCUCAGACAUGAGUGGGGCGAGUUGUUUGUUCAUCCUCUGCCAUUCCGGGUGUUUGGGAAACACUUUCCUUUAAUACUCCCGCUGUUUAUUGAUCUUUAUUAUUCUGAGCGAUCGUCUCGUUUCUCUUCUGCUGUCAGCUUCUGAUGACGUUUGUUUAAUAUCUGUGUGUGAUCCAUCAUGACCUCUGAUAAUCAUAUUGACAUUUGACUUCUCGUCUCUCUGUUUGUGCUUUUGUAUUCAGUGGCUUCAGAUUCACUGGUGGCAUUUAAGCAUAUUUCACAAAGCCACACACGUCAUAAAUAUCUUUGUUUAAAUGAAUGAUGAUAAAUGAUGCUUUUGUGUGGCUUGAGGCCAUGACACAGCAUGUGUGAUGAAUCGAAACACAACAGAGGAAGAUGUACGUGAGGUUUCAGUGUUAAGAGGAGGACACUGUCCUUUAUAUUUAUGUUUACAGUGUUUGCCAUGAUCGUUUGCUGUGGAUUUGAAGCAUUAGUGGCCAUGUUCUUCUUACAUGAAUUAUAUAUCGAAUCAUUAUACAAAAAACAAAUGAUUGUGUAUGGAAGAAACACACCUGAAGACCAUUGUGUGUUAAAAACAGAACAAUUCAGUUUUGAGUUUAGAACAAAACAAUUCACAUUUCAGUAAGCGACACUGCUGACCCACAGAUAACACACACACAUGAACGCACACACAUUCAUACACACUUUUUCUCUCUCUCACACACACUUUUUCUCUCUCAUGCAAACACACACAUCCACACGCAUGUGUGCACACACAUCUACACACAUACACAUCCAUACACACACAGCCAUACACACUUUCUCUCUCGCUCACACCAACAUCCACACACACUUUUUCUUUCUCUCUCACACACACACACACACACACACAUAUCAGUGUUGAUGCAUCAGUCUCUCUCUCUCUCUCUCUCUCUCUCAGUCUCUCUCACACACACCUUUUCUCUCUCUCUCUCUCUCUCUCUCUCACACACACACACACACACACAUACUUUCUCUCUUUCUCUCUCACUUACACACAUCAGUGUUGAUGCAUCAGUUCAGUAAAAAGACUUACAGAGGUUUAUUUUAGGGUGUAAAAUCAUGAGUACAGUAGACUACAGUGUGUGUAAUGAUGCCUGUGGUAGUAACAGUGCAGAUGUUUCAUUUAUUAUAUCUCAUUGAUUGAUUACACACCAUUCCAUCGCACACACACACACACAACAGAAGUGAGUAUGAUCCAGUAUAAAAUGAGCAGAUGUUUAUUAUUAUUCUAAGUGGAGUGUUUAGUGGACUGCUGGUUAUUUAUUGAAGCUCAUUUUCUCUCUGUAUGUUUGUUUUCUUAUGAGCAACUGACGCUCUGUGUUCACUAUUAGAGACAGUAGAUGAGUCUAUAUGAAGCUAUUUACUCCUCUCUUUGCAUUGUGAUGCUUGUUGAUAAUCUCAAUAAAGACUUCACUUCUAAACAUUCAA